AUGGGUGACAGACAACUGGUUCACCUACAUAUGGUUGACAGACAACUGGUUCACCUACAGCUGGUUGACAGACAACUGGUUCACCUACAGCUGAUUGACAGACAACUGGUUCACCUACAACUGAUUGACAGACAACUGGUUCACCUACAACUGGUUAACAGACAACUAGUUCACCUACAGCUGAAUGACAGACAACUGGCUCACCUACAGCUGGUUGACAGACAUCUGGUUCACCUACAGAUGGGUGACAGACAACUGGUUCACCUACAUAUGGUUGACAGACAACUGGUUCAACUACAACUGAUUGACAGACAACUAGUUCACCUACAGCUGAAUGACAGACAACUGGCUCACCUACAGAUGGUUGACAGACAACUGGUUCACCUACAGAUGGGUGACAGACAACUGGUUCACCUACAUAUGGUUGACAGACAACUGGUUCACCUACAACUGAUUGACAGACAACUGGUUCACCUACAGCUGGUUGACAGACAACUGGUUCACCUACAGCUGGUGGACAGACAACUAGUUCACCUACAGCUGGAUGACAGACAACUUGUUCACCUACAGAUGGGUGACAGACAACUGGUUCACCUACAGCUGGUUGACAGACAAAUGAUUCACCUACAGCUGGAUGACAGACAACUGAUUCACCUACAGCUGGUUGACAGACAAAUGAUUCACCUACAGCUGGAUGACAGACAACUGGUUCACCUACAGCUGGUUGACAGACAACUGAUUCACCUACAGUUCAUGCACCGACAAUUGUUUUGCAGGAUAGAAACAUUAGACUUAAAUCCUACUCGAACGUUCAAUUGGUUUGCAUUGAAAGUAACUAUAGGGCAUUUUAAUGUGUCACGUCCAUGGAUCUGA